AUGAACGAGCGUCGCAAAGUCCGGCUCAGCCUCUUGCCAGGGUCGACUCCGUCUGUGGCGCAAAGACGAGCUGCUUUUGAACAGAAGAAGGACGCUGGCGCGGGCGCGGGAGCUGCUGCUGAGAGGCCGCAGAUACGCCGCACCAGGUCGAGUCGCAUACGCAGACGGCACGAAGAGCUUCAGGGGAUCGCGGAACAGCCGCUGCAGGAAGCCAAAGGUGGGAUACAGACACAGACACAGAUACAGGAGACAGAGGUCGAGGUCGAGGUCGAGGUUGAAAUCGAGUUACCUGCGUCUGGCAGUGCUGAUACUGUUGAGAGCGAUUCUCGUCUGGUCGACGCUGGCGCAGAUAUCAACAUCGCCCGCCAACCACAACCACAGCCACCACUACAAGCACCACUACAGCAGCAACAACUACAACAACGACGGUACUCUAGAUGGAUAGCUGCUGCUCCUAGACGACCGUCGACGCUACGAACAGUGACUGUGCCCUCGCCGGAGCCGCCGCUACUCACGCCGCCCCUGACAAGCUCCAGCAGCGACUCGCUCUGCUUCGCUGCCCCGGUCCAGGCACCGGCAUACCAUGACAGUGAACCCCCAUGCAAACCAGCCGCACAAGAACGACCCCAAUUGAUCCUACAUACCCCUCCUACGUCCACGCGGACAUCAUCCUCUACUGCGUCACACUCAGACAUGGCGGACGAAAACGGCUCGGACGGGAGCCUGGUGGUGCCCCGGCUAGAGGACCUGCUACGGCAUCCCGAAGACCUGGAGAAGAUAUCGGUGCUCAAGGCAGAAUAUACCAGAAAGAAAGAAAACGUCGAUUCACAGCUGCGGGAAGGGCUGCGGGACCAGCUCGAGCUCGUGCAGCGCAGCCUGGCUGACCUGGCCGAGGGCAGAAGGCAGAUCAUGGACGCAAAGAUGGGGCCGCAGGGCAUCGACAGGCUCUGGGCCGAGUCGCAGUCUGCUCUCGGCGACUUCGCUCAGAUAGACAAGCUGGCCAAGAUACAGCGCAAUUUCGAAGCGGUGCUCUUCAUGAAGAAGGGGCUCGAGACGUUUCAUGCUGACGUGGCCGAGGUAGAGCGCAUGCUGCGCGAAGACGACAUGGACAUGGAGAACCAGCCCAACCUCCUGAACAUACACAUGGCCCUCUCGCGUCUGCGGGACUUCCGAGACGAGGCCAUGGACCAGAUACGCAGGGCCAAGGAUAAGAGCAGUGAGGCCACCCUGACCGAGCUGUUUGAGGGGCUCGACCCGGCCAUUGAGUGGUUCGACGACCACCUGGGCACCGCUUGCAUGAAUAUCAUCCCGCUCAUCCAGGCUGAUAACCGCAGCAUGGUCGUCAGGCUCGCGGUCGUUAUUGCGAAUGAAGAGAAGAAUGACGCCAAAGUCAGGGCCCUGCAGGAUGCGCAGAAGGACCACGAGUAUCUCGCCAGCAGGUUCAAGUCGAUGAACAUCGGGCCCAAGACUAUCAGGGGCUACAAGGAGAACUUCCUCAAGAGCAUCGAGCUGUACGCCCAGCCCAACUUUGAGGACUCGAAACAGCAGUUCCUAGAUGACCCGGACAGACUGGAGAAGAGCUUCAAGUGGUUCUUCAACGACCUGUUUACCGUCCAGCAGGGGAUGCAGAACCUGGUGCCGAAGAAGUGGAAGAUCUUCAAGACAUACACCGACAUAUACCACCGCAUGAUGCACGACUGGCUCAUCGAGUUCGUAGAUGACCCCCAGAUGCCCGCUGCCAACAUGCUGGCCAUCAUCAACUGGUCGGAAAAGUACUAUAAGAAGAUGAAGAAACUCGGAUGGGAGGCAUCGGACCUCGUCCCCAACGUUCUCGAUGACCGCGAAGGCGAACUCGUACAAGACUGGCGUAACCUCAUCGUCAAGGCCCUGGAUGAAUGGAUGGACCGCAUGUUCAACACCGACAAACGGGCUUUCCUCGACCGUGACAUGGACUCUCUCGACACCAACCCGGACGGGUUCUUCCGCACCAAGACUCUCGGAGACAUGUGGCGCAUGCUUCACGAACAGCUUCAGGCUGCCGGUGCCUCCCAGCGUACAGACGUCGCUGAGGGCGUGGUAGAUGCCAUGUUCCGCUCCCUCAAGACCCGCCAGUCAAUGUGGCAGACCAUGCUCGACGAAGAAUGCGCAAAGUACAAAACACCCACCAUCGACCAGCCCGAGAGUCUCCAACAGUUCCAGGACUGGCUCAUCGCCGUUGCCAACGACCAGAUCGCUUGUAUUGACGACAACGACGCCUCGGGCCAGCUAGGCCACUUGACCCGUUUCAACCGUGACUUCGAACCGCUCGUGACAGACAAAUACCUAACUGCCCAAGCAGCCAACGAAGUCGCUACAAUACGAGACGGAUACGUCGAUCUAGGCACGCACUGCAUAUCCGUCUUCAUCGACCUGAUUUUCUCCGUCGACUUCCGCACCACACUACCUGAAUUCUUCACCCAGAAAUGGUACGGCGAGUUCGCUAUGAAGCGCAUGAUCUCUACUUUUGAAGACUACAUAAGCGAUUACCAUGCCGUCCUCCACCCGUCUCUACGUGAUAUCCUCGUAGAAGAAAUCUCCGACGAGCUACUGGUCCACUACCUCUCUUGCGUGCGCAACAAGGGCGCCAAAUUCCGCCGUCAAGACCCGUACACUGAAAAGUUCAAAGACGACAUCCUGACUGUCUUUGGCUUUUUCCAGAAAUUCCCGGACUCCUUUGGCGGAGGCAUCAAGGACCGAUGGAGACUUGUCGAUUGGCUUGUUCGGUUGCUUGAGGCAGACAAGGCUGGCGUUGUUGUGGUUUACGAAGGGUUCAAAACCGAGUACUGGGAUCUGCAGCUCUCCUGGGUUGAAGCUGUGUUACGAUGCAGAGACGACUUUGAGAGAUCCAUGGUCAGCGCCAUCAAGGCGAAGGCUGCUGAGCUCUCGGUUGAAAUGGGUCCCGAUACACUCAUGGGAAGAGUCAGAUAG